AUGAGGCUUAAAGUAGCAUUAGUACAAAUUGAUUCCCUAUUAGGUCAUCCACAACACAACAUUUCCAAAAUCAAUCACCUUUUGUCAACAAUCAAGGGCAAAUUUCCUGAUUUGGUGGUACUUUCGGAAUUGGCAAUAACUGGGUACAAUUUCCCCCUGAGUAAAGCCAUUAGACCAUUUUUGGAAUCGCCUAGUCGAUAUGGUGCAUCUCUUAAUUUUGCUCAUGAGUUGAGUUUAAAACAUCAAUGUUUUACAGUUGUGGGGUACCCUGAAAUAGCACACGGAAAAGAUGAAGGAACAGGUUCAGGUGGUGAAGGGGCAGAAGAUGUGGUGAUUUAUAAUUCGUGUGCUGUUUUUGAUCAAGGUGGUGAGUUAGUUUACAAUUAUCGCAAGACGUUUUUAUAUGAAACUGAUGAAAAAUGGGGAUGUUUAGAGAAUCCUCAACGUGGGUUUGUACCAGUACAGUUGCAAUUCAAACCAAGAGUAAACCCAGAAGAGGGCAACACCAAUGGAAUUAAUAAUGCGAGGAGCAGUUCCAUAUUGACUAAUUUCGGUAUAUGUAUGGAUCUAAACCCGUAUAAGUUUGAAGCACCAUUCAAUAAAUUUGAAUUUAGUGCACAAUGUUAUCAUAACAAGUCCAAGUUGAUUGUAUGUCCCAUGGCGUGGUUAUCAUCACAAUCACCAUCAAUCAAGACUGAAUUAACUCAGGAGGAGAAGUUGCAACAAGCUAAACAAGUGCAAUUACCACUGGAACCAUGUAAUGAUACGAUCAAUUAUUGGAUAUUGAGAUUUUUCCCAUUUUUGAAACAUAAAUAUAGUUUCAUGCCUAAAUGGUGGCAUGGUGGGGGAUCUUCUUCUACUACGACUACUAGUACUACUACUAGUACUACUACUAAUAAUAAUAAUGAGGGAGUUAAUGUAUUGAUUUGUAAUCGAGUGGGGAAAGAAGAUGAUGUGGUUUACGGUGGUAGUUCAUGUAUUUUGCAGUUUGGCAAUGAUGAAGGAAGGAGAAGUGAUGGUUGUAAUGCUGGUAGUGCUGGUAGUGCUGGUAGUGCUGGUGGCGCUGAUGGUGAUUAUGAUGCAAUAGAUGAAUCGAACCCCAGUGUUGAUGUUAUUGGUAGAUUGUCACAAAGUGAAGAAGGAAUAUUGGUGAAGGAGAUUGAUGUUUAG